CAUUUGCACAAAAAGAUAUCAGAUCAUAAAGACUGAGCUCGCGAUAAAUGAGCAAAGGACGAGGACUUAAUUAUAUACAGAUUGAGGCAGAUGUAAAAUCGAUACAUCUAACCAGUUAUUGGAUCACCAAUACGAUAUUUCUGUUAAUUGUCAGUAUUAAUCGCAAGGUGCAUUAAAAUCAUUAUGAAGUAUGCAUAUAUGAUUGUUUUCUCGUUUCUGCUGUUAUGCCACGUCGUGGCUGCUCGGCAAAAGGUGAUCUUAUUAUUAGCUGAUGGUCUACGAUGGGACCGGUUUGAAGAAGAUCUUCCCAGCUUGAUGAGAGUCGAACAGAAUGGCGUCAGAGCUGAGUGGAUGGAUGGCGUGUUUGUGACAUUAUCAACCCCGUCAAUGUAUUCUAUCGCAACAGGGCUAUAUCCGGAGAGCCACGGUGCCAUACACAACCUGUAUUUCGACCCAGUCACUGGAGAAAGAACGUACACCUACUACUCUACCUUACAGAAGGCCGAGUGGUUUGAUACGGGGGUCGAGCCUGUCUGGGUAACUGCUAUUCUGCAGGGUCUAACAGCAGCUACCAUCAUGUACCCGGGAGGAUCGAUUCCCAUUAAAGGUAUAAUUCCAAACAAAACGAUUACAUCUACGGCAGAGAACAUCCGUAAUUAUAAAAUGAAAGACAGAAUAGAUCUUACUCUCUCCUGGCUUGAGGAUGACGAUUUUGAUCUCGUCUUCAUGUACUUUGAUAAUCCCGACGCAUACCUCCACCUUUAUGGAAUUGGAUCGGUAAAUGGAACAGCUAAACUAUAUGAGGUUGAUUCUCAAAUCGGAUACCUGUUUGAUCGCCUGGCUGAGACAGGUCUUGAUCAGACUACCAACGUCAUCAUCGUAAGCGACCACGGUCACGUAAACGUGGAGAGAAAUGACUACGUCAUCCUCAGCGAUUAUGUCGACAUCGAGGCUGAUAUCGAUUUCCUGGUUGCCGACUAUGGCCCCAUAUUCCAGCUAGUUCCCAAGAAUACAUCGGAUGACAAGGUAUACAACGCCCUAAAGGAUGCCCAUUCAGCUUUACAUGUUUUUAAGAAAGAAGACAUACCAGAACGACUUCACUAUAGAGAUAAUCCUCGUAUCUUACCAAUCAUAGGAUUCGUAGAUCCGGGCUGGCAUAUGCACACAAGGAAUGCACUUCACCCAGCCGCCGACGUGUCCUCCGAUCACGGUUACGAUAACAAAUGGAAAGUGAUGAAAUCAUCAUUUUAUGCUCAGGGACCCCACUUCAAGAAAAAUCAUCUUGCCCCUGCGCUUGAAUCGGUUGAUUUAUACAACCUUAUGUGUGAGAUUCUCGACAUCGAACCAGCACCAAACAACGGAUCACGUGACCGAUACGUCACUAUGUUAGCAAGCCCAACCACUACCACCUCUCCAGCAUGGACCACAUCGUCGGAUUCGAAGCUGACGACGGCUCCUUUAAUGACUGCUCUCAGUUUCGUAGCUGGCGUCAUAUUUUCUUGCAACUAGAUGCAAUUGACUGUUGGAAGGGGGGGGGGGCACAUUCCUUAAAAUUUGGACACCGCGCAUGUACACAAGGCACGCAAGUUGUGUAAUUGCUACUCAAAUCUUCGAAAACUUCUCAAAUAAAAAAAAAUGAUAGAAAGUAUUCGAUUCACUUUUAUGAGUGCAGAUAAUUUUGUUUAAUAUGUAUUCUUACAUCGGAGGUUGAUUACUUGUUUAUGGCCAAUUAGUUGCAGGUAAUGUACGACCAUGUUUUCCAUGCACCUUCUCUAUUGAUAGUCGGAGUCCUGUUUCAUCUCGUCCAGUUAGUACACUUAUAAACUUGCGUAGAAUAGUAGCCUAUACUCCUUUGUGAGAUAACUUUUCCUUCAAAAUCAGAAAUGUUCCUGCAGCAAAAUUUCGACAAAAGCAGAAAUAAGUUUACUUGACAAGUUAGGGUUCAUCUGUAAUUAUCCAAGACACAUUAAAACAAAACGAACAGUCUGAAUUUUAGGGUUUGUCAUGUUUUUUUUUUUAUUUUUUUUUUUACAUCAGCCUGGGUACAUCAUCGACAAUAAAAACAUCAUAAUUAAAAACAACACCAUAAAAACAAACAUGGUUUCUGUAAUCUUGAAUCAAUGAUGGCAAGCUAUUAGAGAAACCUGCCAGAAAGAUAAACAAAUAGUGAAAUACACGCUUUGAUGCAUCAUUCAUAUUGAAAAGAAGAUGAAAAUGAGGUCAAAUUCCCGACACUGUACUCCGGGGGAUCCACAAGGGGGAUCCACACUUUACAAGCUUUGCUUUUUAGUGGACCCCCCUCAUUUCCAUCUAUGCUCAAUAUAAUACUGUUUUGUUUUUGUUUUUUUACGAUGUAAGAAUACUCGUCUGUAAAAUUGUAUUUGAUUUGUAUUACUUUGUAUUAUUUUUUGAAUGGAAAUGGAAUAAAGAAUUGAAUUGAACUGACUUCAGAAAAAAGUCCCAGGUCCAAUAAUGAGGCUUUAUCUGAACUUUUAGUAGAUGAAUAUUCCAUUUAAGCUGACAGAAUUUUAUUGAAUAUAUUAUGAAUAGAACUUCAAUAAUAACUUAAAUACAAGGUUUUCAAAGAGUUGUUUGUGUUAUUAACCGUUUAAAUGAGGUCGUGUCCUCGUUUAACAUGUUUUUACUUCCGGUUGACUCACCAUCGGCUGUUAACAUCUUUAACAUGUAAUAGAGUGUUUGGUUCAGAAUAUUAUAAAGAUAUUAGAAUUAGGGUUCAUUUAGUGUUGGAGGUUAGAUUUUAUGUUUUGAUUUUCCAUCGGAGCAAAUGUCAUAGCACCAUUCGGUGACCAUCAGACAAGGAAAUCUCAUUGUGCGUAUUAUAAGCUUGUAAUAUUAAGUGGAAGAAAUCAUUUUAUUAUCAAAACCUUAAACAAGCCAUGAAUCUUUUAAACUAGAAACCCACUUUUAACAUUGUUUAAAGGUCUUAUAAUGUUCAAAGCAUAUGCCAGUGCCGUGGUGCUGAUUUUUCUGGGACUGCUGCGUAAUGUUGUACACCAAAGCAUCCCCUAAAAAUCAUGUUGGUUUGUUAAAAAUUGACCUUCAUUUCGGAAUGAAAACUUUCCCCCUUUUUUGGCUUGUAUUAUCUUUUUCCCAAACCGUCACCCCGCUUAAAAACUUGUUGCAAGGCACCUGCAGUUUUGUAACCAGGUAGCAAACAAAAAACACACACUUUUCUCUUCGAAUCACUUUAGUUUAACCAGACAAAUGAUAAAACUAUGGGUUAAUCUAUCAUAAAUUCAUGACGUUACUAACUCCAGUCAAUACACGCAGAGUGAAUGAGUUCAAUUUGAGAUUGCAGCUAAAUCAGAUCUCAUAUUUUGCCAGUCAAAUACGCCCUCCUCUUUAAGUUUAUAGGGGUCGUAGUGCUUAUAAGUCACAAUUAGUUUACUAUCCGAUGGUAACUUAAUUCCCUGAUUGGCUGUUUAGCUUUGAUGCCAUGUUUAUUGGUUGACAAAGUUACCACAAUGAUAACAUAAUGGCAACUGGGUCCACGUGUAUGAUCGAGAAGACUUCAGUCCCAGGAAGAUCUUCGAUGUUCAUCAAGUACCGCAUAAUGUUACUGCAGAAUAUUAUUAUUGCACAAUUAUUAUUGAUUAUCAACAAGACCAUGAUUAUAUGCACAAUCAUUAAGCACAUGGUUGAAUAACAAGCUGGCUCCCCGGCGAUCCAUGUUUCCCGAAUGUUUUAAAAAUCCUGAACUCGACGGGCAUGCGGUGUUUGUUGUAGAAGAAGAGUUUCGAACUGUGAGGCUCGUAGUAAUGAUAACUUAUAGUCCUAUUCAAAGUGUCUUUCUCGAAAGGGUAAAACCCGAAGAGAGAAAUUUCGUCACAGAUAAGAGAAGCCAAGGAAAACGCAAUCAGACCUGUCGAUGGAUUUUUGUUCUUCCAUAAUCUGAAAAAGAACGAAAUUUAGAAACGAGAAACUAAUAUUUAUAUUUAUCCUAUACGACACUAUUUAGAUGCGAAAUGGAGGAGAUAUAUAUGAUAUUUCAAUAAAAUCUUUGAGCGGUAUAAG